UGCAUUUGUAAACAUCAGAUGGUAAUUUUGGCGGGGCCUUGAGUGUCGCUGGAGGUGCGGAAGGACUGUUCGUAACAUAGUACUGGUGACGGUGAGGAGUACUGGUCGACGGUGAGAAGUACUGGUGACGGCGAGGAGUACUGGCGACGGUGAAAAGUAUUGGGCGACGGUGAGAAAUACUGGGCAACGGUGAGAAAUACUGGGCAACGGUGAGAAGUACUGGGCGACUGUGAGAAGUACUGAGCGACGGUGAGAAGUACUGGGUGACUGAGAAGUCCUAGGCUGCAAUUGGAAAUAUUGGGCCAUUGGAGUGUUGAAACAUUUUGGCCCUGUAAGGAGCAUUGAGCUAUUCCACAGUUUAAGAAGCAUUGAAUCAAUUGACACUUUGAGGAAUAUUUAACCAGUCCACGGUUUGAGGAGUAUUGAAUCUUUCGACGACUUGAGGACUUUUGAAUCGUUUGACCUCUUGCGAAGAGCAUUGUAUCGUUCGACCCAAGGAAGAUGCCGAAGAGAGCAUGUCCAUUCGAGGAAUCUUUCAGGCCGCAGCUCAAGGUUCACGUUGGAGUGAAAGAAGUGGAGUCUGGAGUCUUGAAAAAGGACAAGAUGAAGGCUGUUUAUGAUCGAACAUUAAACCUCUUGUUCUGUGGUGCUAAAAAUGUAAUGAACAACAAUGCAGUGGAGAAAAUGGAUGCCAGCCCUACUGGUCAGACGAACACCAACAGUCAAAACACCCUCCAUCAGCUGGUCUUGACCAGUGCUGGAACUCUUGCUCGACCUCAAUCACUUUCACAGAAACUGCCAUCCCAACCAAACACCACUAAUACGUGUGUCAGCUGCCAUAAAGUGGCAACAUUGCCACGACCGCCUUGUGGCUACUGUGAAUGCAAGCUUUGCGACUCGUGUACACGGACCUGUCAUUUCUGUGGAGGAAACUUUUGUCCAAAGUGCUCUCUUACUGUGUACCUUGAAGACGAGAAAACUGUGUGUUUAAGUUGCUGCUAGACUGUUGAUCUUUAUAUUUAUUUCACAUUUAAGUAAGCAGUUAUAAUUGUUACGAGUAAUAAAGUGGCUUUUAAUGAUAAUACAUUAUUAACAAUAAUAAUAGUGCCCAUCCCCUAUGUGUGGGAACUGGGUAAUCAUAAUGAAUGAAUAUUAUGAAUUCAAUAAUUUACGGUACCUGAAUGUCCUCUUUAAGUAAUGUAAAGUGUGAUUAAUGAAAUCUAGAUACAUUAGUACUGUAUUUGGUAGAAUAUUUAAGGGAUAGAAUGAGUAGUUCACAGUGUAGGUCAAUACUUAUAUAAACUACUUAAUGGUAUCUUUGUAUAUAAAAUGUCUUAUGAUUGUCAUAAGGAUAUUGUUCACGUCCUAGUUUGAUGCCAUACAUGCUGUACAUUCAUUAGCUUACACUUUGCAACUUUUAAGGCUUCAAUGCAUAGCUAAGAUGUUAGUGUAACAUUCAUUUGGUUCUUCAUCCUUUCCUACCAAUCUUGUUUCCUCAUUCAUUUUGGUAAUUUUAGAUUUUAAAACUUUUUAUAAUAGUUAUUUUUCUCAACUUUUAAUCAGUUUUCAAUAUAAAAUAUAAGAUGUGUAGAGUAUUUUUGCUCUUCCAUUAACACUGCGAAUUCUCAUAAUAGUAAUGAGAUUGUUUAUAAGUUGGCACUCAAAACUGGUUGCAGGCCAUAGGUGUUGAAGCAUGGGACACUGCAAUUAAGAAGGGGGAAUUUUGCAUUUAUUCUAAUUUGCAUUCCAAUUCAUUUUUUUAACCAGAUAUUCCUCAAAUGCUGUCAUUGUAGGCACAUUUUGGAUGAAGUUCCUCUUGGACUGGUCGGUACGGUGAUUUACUCGUUUCGUGAAGGUUGCUAUUCCACCUGCAGUGUCACAGCAGUUGGGCAAUGUUCUUUUAUUGUCUUCCUAUCCCUUCCCUGUGCUAUAUAAUCACACACACUUAGGUUGCUUUGUGCACAAAAGAGCAAUUAUAUUUUAGACAAAUAUUUCAGUAGUGGUGAUGGGAGUGCAGUAAAGUUAUUUUGAUAACAGUUACAAGUCCUUCCAGGACACUGGUUAAUUGUUGAGCUCCUUGUAUGUGGCUGUUUAGACGAGGCCAUACACUGUUGCAUGUGGUGUUAGCAGCCCCAGUUACCUUGGUACAAUAUUGUGAAGUCUGACAUAUGUUAGCCCAGACACUGAUAACAUGCGGCAUCUUAUCAUCAGAUAUGUGAACUAAACAGCACGUUUCAGGGUAGAAAUUGGAAAGAUUAAGGAUAGUAAUGAAUUUGGUGAAUAGUUAUAUACAAAAUGAAGUUAUACUUUAUAAUAACACUUGCAAAAUCUUUCAUAUCUUAUGUUUAGGAAAAAUUUAGGGAUUUUUCACAAUAGCUGGAAUUGUGGGAGUAAUUUAGGAAAACAUGCCAUGUAAGUGUAUUAAAACAAGGUAAGAGAUAUAAAAUAUUUAAUGGCACGUUAUUAAUAAUUCAUAGUACAGUUCUGGUGUUCUACUAUUCUAUGUACUAUACAUCACCAUAUUCCAGCAACUAUCCACAACAGUUCCCCAGCACUCCAUAAGACUAUGUGGAUAUAGCUCAAAUAUUAAAAACUUAUUGGAAAAGAAAACAUUUGUGAUAUAAAAACUAACAUUUUUAUUGAAUAAAGUUUGAUACUGUAA